AUGUACAGCUUCAUGGGUGGCGGCCUCUUCUGUGCCUGGGUGGGGACCAUCCUGUUGGUGGUAGCCACAGCAACGGACCACUGGAUGCAGUACCGGCUGUCAGGGUCCUUCGCACACCAGGGCCUGUGGCGUUACUGCCUGGGCAGCAAGUGCUUCCUACAGACGGAGAGCAUUGCAUACUGGAAUGCCACCCGGGCUUUCAUGAUCCUGUCUGCCCUGUGUGCCACCUCGGGCAUCAUCAUGGGCGUCCUAGCCUUCGCACAGCAGCCUGCCUUCACCCGCCUCUCCAGGCCCUUCUCCGCUGGCAUCAUGUUUUUUGCCUCCACUCUUUCCGUCCUGUUGGCCUUGGCCAUUUACGCUGGAGUCACUGUCAGCUUCCUCGGCCGCCGCUUUGGGGACUGGCGCUUUUCAUGGUCCUACAUCCUGGGCUGGGUGGCCCUGCUCAUGACCUUCUUUGCAGGCAUUUUCUACAUGUGUGCCUACCGGAUGCACGAGUGCCGGCGUCUGUCCACCCCACGCUGA